CUUCAAAGUAUCUAAAAAAAGUUGGCAUUGAUAAAGUCCUACUACUGCUUCUGGAUCAUAGACAGAUCAAAUAUACAACAAGAAUGCCCGAGACAAUCGGCCUCUCGUCGAGCUCCGUUAGCGGAUAUAAAAACGCUGCAGAAAAAUACAGUGUGCCACGGAGUAGUUUUGCUGGAGCGGGGCAGCUGGAAGCGGGGCUCUGUCUAAACGCAGGUCCAGGUGUUAGUAUCGCCCCCGGAGGUUCAGGGCUCUGUCUAAACGCAGGUCCAGGUGUUAGUAUCGCCAGUAUAGGUUCUUCACCUCAAUUGUUGUCGCGCAAUCCACCUAGCGAUUUUUUGACGCCAGCAGAGGUGGGAGGAACUAGUUCUACAGAGGUGGGAGAUGAUGGCGCAGUGGUGGAAACGACAACGACUCGUAGACGGCCAACUGCAGGCUGUGAUGGCGUCAUGUGCUUUUUGGGUUGUCUGAUGGCAGUGCCUGGAGUGAAGCAUACUAUCGUGAACAAGGUGGCGUUUUUUCCGCCAAGACCAGCAGGAUACUUCAUGAAGCGGGAAGCGAGUACUAUCAUUAAGUCUUGAAAACAAUAGCUGUACUCGAAAACUGAAAAUAUGCGAGUUACUGAGUGAAGUAAAAGAGUCUUGACUCCAUUCCUCUUCUUUCAGUAUCUCCCUUAUUUUAAGUAGUUACUCGCUUGUUUCAGUUAUUGUUGAAUAUAUUCAUCAUCAUCAAAAUCAAUACGUUUCAAAUCCAUUCUUGAUGGCAUGAAACAGAAAUAUAAAGAUUGAAAUGUUCAUCUGAAUCUGAAUCUUGUUUAUAAUCCUCAGAAGACCACCAGGUACUAGACUAUAUCUUCCAUCCCACCCCACAUACUACAGGCACCUCAUCAUCCGGCGGGCCUUUCACCGAGAAAGUUGUUUUGGGUAUCACAUCAAAGAUUGGAGUGCCGAUUUUAGAGCCUUUGCCUGACCUGCGGAACUUUGGAAUAGAAGUGGAGCAUCUAAAACUCUCUACUGUGACUGGGAAUUGCAUACAUGGGUUCUAUUUUAAGUUACGACAGAUGGACAAAAGAACUCGAUAAAGUGAAAGCUAGACAGUAGAUGCACUAAAAGAAGAGCGGGCCAUACCGUCAUGACAACAUGUUUUGCUUCAUCCUUCGUUGAAAAUCGACGUCAAGACUGACAGCGCUAAUGCUCAAAGCUGCGGCGAAGAAAACAGUGAUCUUCUCGCAUGGCAAUUCUACGGAUAUUGGCCUGAUGUUCUUCCAUCUCAAGGAUAUCGCUUACAAAUGCGACGUCAGCGUGCUCGCUUACGACUACUCUGGUUACGGGCUCUCAACCGGAGAGCCCAGUGAGCGAGCCCUUUACAGCGACAUCCAGGCUGUUUACUACCAUCUAGCGGAGGAACGGCGAAUCUCUCCGAGAGAUAUCGUGCUGUAUGGGCAGUCGGUCGGUUCAGCACCCACGAUUGAUCUUGCAAGUCAGCUGUCGCAUGCAGUUGGAGGAGUAAUCCUGCACAGCGCGAUCAAGUCCGGACUCUCAGUCAUCUACGCCCAAGCGCAGAGUUCACCUUGGUACGACGUCUUCCAGAACGUUAACAAGAUCAAGGUAAGGCAAGAGCUUAAAAAUAGCUUAUUUGAACCUCUAGUAAGUAUAAUAUACAUCCGAAGUCGCAUGAAUUCACUGGAGAAUCUCUUAAAAACUGUCUGAAGUGGCGUCUGAAGUACGUGUCAUCAAAAAUCUUACACUUCAAUGAAUCUUCUAUAGUUCAAAUACGCCUCUCAGCACUUCCUUCCUCUAACCACUGACGUCGAAUGUCCUGUCUUCUGUAUUCAUGGUACGGAUGACCAAGAAGUGCCUAUCGACCAUGGCAAAGCGUUGUUUGAGGCAUGUAGACGACCAGCGACACCAUGGUGGGUCUAUCAUGGUGGGCACAAUGACAUCGAAGUCGUGUGGCGUGCAUCCUUUUUUACGAAAGUACGACAGUUUUUGGAGAACUUGGAGUGAAGGUUGGAGUACAUUCUUCAUGGGUUAUAUUGUUGGGAUAGUUUAUACCAAGGUUCUGAUGUUGUGGAGGUAUUCAUUCAGACAUAGGAAUAAUGGUUUUCGUCUUCGUGUCCUCUAGUUUUUAAAACUCUGAGGAAAUACGAAAGAAAAUUUUCCGGUUGAAGGCUGCGCAUGAAGGCUGCGCUUGUUGAGGACAGAGAAUUCCAUCUGGAGGCACGUCCUCUCCCGCGGGGAAUUCACAAAUCUUCACAUGUUGCGGGAGCCUCCUGUCUUCGUCUUCAUGUGACGGAGACUAUUGUUCGCGUAUCAACUCUUCUAUUGCGGUUGUGACAGCAAAAAAAAGUCUUGAUUUUCUGGUAAGUAUGGAGGUCAGAGUCUUUGUUUAAAAUCGGUUGUGACGAUCUUUUCUGUACUAUCUAAGAAUGCUGCUCUUUUUCCAGUUGAGCUUGGUGGCUCUGUUCAGCCAGAUAGAGGGGGGGAGAGAGAGGAAGCAAACUCAAAGUGGUACUCUAUUGAUGAACAUGAAGAACGGCAUAUAGGCAUAGCCUGGAGACUUGAAGCAUUCCCCAUGUUGUGAGGCUAAUGACUUUUUUGCAAGGAACGAAUUACAAACUAAUACAUCCC